UCGGCAUUAUUUAUGCAUCUCCGGGGGAAAACGACUCCCCGGGUUGAUCCACUAGGUAAUCUCCAAUAUCCUCUUCCACACUGACGACGACUCAAAUGCUUACGAAAUCAUAUUCAAUCUGUUUAUUAUUACCCUCCUUAUUCCUAGUCCUAAAAACUACACGACCUAAUUAACUCAAUAACACCUUUCAUGUUUAGAAGUGCUGAUGUAAUUCGUACCCCUUUACCAAUAUUUACGGCAUCUAGUCUAGUCUAAUUUUUAUGCUUACCUAUCUCACCUCUUAUACCUAUCUUACCUAACCUGACUGCAAUCAACAACCCUAACCACACCAUGGAGCAGUCAAGUAUACCGCAAGCGCAGCCUCAACCUAAGCAUAACAAGAUAAAUUAUGCCUGCGAGGCGUGUCGAAUAUCCAAGAUUAAAUGUCAACCCGGAACACAACCCGGGAUCUGUAAGCGCUGCUCCGAGUUCAAACGGGAAUGCGUCUUUCGAACCGGUCCACGAACUCGGCGACCCAAGGUUACUCGGCCAGAUGCAGAGGCCCGGCCGCCUCCUCCCGGCCCCAGUCAGACCUUCAGCAUCGACUUCACUAUGCCCGCUGAUGAUGAUCUUCAUGAUAACUUCGACGCUCUAAGAGAAAAGCACGAACGCUUUAUCGAUGGCCUCAUACCGUCUAGUGACGAUGAAUCAAAUGGUGACCUGGCACAACUGUCAUCGACGGGAGAAACGUUUAACUUCAACGAUCUCUCUAUGCCGACUCCGUCUGGGGCAGCAGCGAGAGGCGCUUCACGGCCCGUAAGUAGCCUCGGUAUUAAGCCACGCUUCAACCUCGAAUCGGCAGAAAAGUUGCUCGAGUCGUUCCGGGCUAUGCUGUCGUCCUCUCCAUGUAUUGCGUUGCCCGAAGAUGCGGACGUGCGGUCCUUGGCUCGCGACAUGCCCUUCGUGCUCUUGUCUUUACUCGCCGUGACCAGUUGCUCUACGAGUUUACAAGGUCAUAGUCUCUAUGACGAGGAGUAUCGUAAGGUUUUAGCUUUAAAAUUUGUCGCUGGGGGUGAAAGGUCCAUCGAGUUGCUGCAAGGAAUAAUGAUUUACUGUUCCUGGUACCCCUUUCAUCUACGCCCGAAAAAUAGGCAGUUACAACAGUAUCUACGAAUGGCCAUAGAUAUUGUACAUGACUUAGGAUUAGAUGAGGAAACACGUAUAGAUCUCGCGACCAUGCCACUAGAAAGAAAGGUAGCCAAGUUACAAGGCAUCCGGGCGUAUCUUUCUUGUUUCCACCUCAACUCGGUAUACGCGUGGGGGUGGUCUAAGUCGUGUACGCUAAGGUAUACGCCGUGGAUGGCCAAAUGUUGCGAUAUGCUAGAGCAAUACAGCGACCUUGAGCAAGAUCACAUCCUUGUCUGGCUCGUCCGUCUACAAUAUGUGCUAAAUGAGUUUGCAGAGCUACAUAGGAGCUAUAAGAAGCACGAUGCUAGCAACCAGAGCGAUCACCACAAACAACUUAUUCGGGCUGGCCUUGAGAUGCAACUACGAGAUUUCCAGGCCAGAAUCCCUAUCCACCUUUCAACUAAGCCGAGUAUUUUUAUGGCCUCCCUCGUCGGCGAUGCAUUCCUUCUGGCCGCACCUCUCAUGCAGACGGUUCGACCACGUCCAGAAGAUGCAACGGCGCUCAUAAUCGAUCCCGCUGAGCUUCAAUCUGCCGCGUAUGCAGCACGGACGUUACUGGACUACGUCGUGAACCUAUCCCCAACGCAGAUGAGCUACUUUUGCGGGGCUGACCUCACACGUUUCAUUCUGACAAUUAUCCUCGGCUUCAGACUUUCAUUUCCAAUUUCAUUCUGCCCCAGUUAUGAUUACUCACAGGGCCGGAAAGUCUUGGAUCUCGGCACGUAUCUCACCAAGUUGUCGAGCAAUAACGACGAUGAUGCUGCGAAUAGCGGUACUAAAAGGCCAAGCAAGAAAACCGAUGUUGUGAGCGCCCUGAAAGUCGUCCUGGGAUCCGUAAAGACCAGCUUCGACAAGAAGUCCGCCGUGCUAGAAGCCGCUGCCGAGGAGCAUAAUAAGAGAGCGCGGCUAUGCCCGAUGUUCGACGGAAGCCUAGAACAGUACCUUCCGCAGUGGGAAGGGGAAGAGCAGCAGGGAAGCAGCAACAACACCUCUGGUUCAUCGUACGCACCCUCUUCGCACAGCGGGACCGGGAGCGGGAGCUCGGCGGCUCAUCCCGCAGCACCGUCGACGGCGGGCGAAGAAGGAGUAUCGUCGCCGGGGUCGGCGAAACCAAUGCUAUUCCACGACCUCUGGGCCACGAUGACGAUGGGCUGGGCUACGGAUCUAGAUAUGAGCUUGCAGCAAGGGGUAGAUGUACCGGAGAUGAACGGUGUCGAGUACGUCGAUCUUAUGGGUAUGAGAGGAUCGCUUCAUGACUUAUGAUUAUGAUGGCGGGACUAUCUGUGACUCGUGAUCUCUGGCUUCUUGCAUAUACCUAGGGAGAAGAAUGUAUUGAGUAUAAGAAGUAUCAGAGGAUUUUUGUACAGACAUGAGCAUAUAUUCAAUUAAAUAUGUAGAUACA